AUGAAAAACUUCAACGUUGAUAGAUUCAAAAAUGAAUUAACCAGUUUACCAUGGUCACUUGUUGAUAAUCUUGAAAAUGCAAAUGACCGAUGGGAAUUGUGGAAAUCGAUGUUUAUGAAUGUUGUUGAUAAUCACGCUCCAUUAAAACGUAAACGGCUUAGAAAUAAAAAAAGUCCCUGGAUGAAUGCAAAUCUAAAACAAUUAUUUUUGCAAAGAGACAAACUUAAGAAAUUAGCGGUGGUGUCAAAAAAUCCAGCUGACUGGAAAAAAUUCAAAGAUGCGAGAAAUACGUGCAAUAAUAAAAUUAGACAAGCAAAAACCGAUUAUUACCAUCAAUAUUUUAAAACAAAUUCGGGAAAUCCAAAAGAAAUUUGGAAAUCAAUCAAUGAGCUAAUGUCUCGUAAUGCUAAGUCAGACGAGAUCACUCAUCUUACGUGCAAUGAUAGAGUGAUCAGUGAUUCAGCUGACUUAACAGAGUGUUUUAAUAAUCAUUUUGCAGAAAUUGGGUUGAAAUUGAAACCUGAUGAACCGGAUGAAUUAAAUAAUUGCAGUUUCGGUGAUUAUUUAAAACAAGCGGAUACGGUUUUCACGUUAGAUUUGACAACACCAAGUGCUGUUUUUAAGUUACUCUCUUCAUUGCAGGAAGGAAAAGCAAUGGAUCUUGAUGAGAUUCCGGCUAAAUUGUUAAAAUGUGCCGCGUCAGUGAUAUCUGACUCAUUAUGCAACUUAUUUAACUGCUCAAUAGCAACUGGUGUAUUUCCAGAUGAUUGGAAAAUUGCAAAAGUUAAGCCACUUCAUAAAGGAGAUGCAAAAGAUCUUUUAAAUAACUACAGACCAAUUUCUGUUCUAAGUGCUGUGAGCAAAAUCUUUGAACGAAUCGUUUAUGACCAGUUGCAAGCAUACCUUAAUAAAAAUGGCCUUAUUUAUGAUAAACAGUCUGGAUUUAGGCCAGUUCACUCCACCACAAGCGCACUUUUGGACGCAACUACAGAAUGGUUAAGCAAUAUGGAUAAAGGUCAAUUGAAUUCUGUAGUGUUUCUUGAUUUGGCCAAGGCAUUUGAUACGGUGGAUCAUGAGAUUUUGUUGACGGCAAACUUCAGAUUUAUGGAGUUGAUUCAAUGA